CGCAUCAACUCUCAACAAUUGAUACUAUUAACCUCACUUACCUCUAAUAAUGGGUUCCCUCGGCACUUCAAACGCCUUCACGGUCGGCGUCCUCGCCCUCCAAGGCGCCUUUAACGAACACACCCAACUCCUGCGCUCAGCAGCCCAAUUUCACCCCGCCACCCAGUUCACCUUCCUCGAAGUCCGCACCGCCGCCCAACUCGCAAGCUGUGACGCUCUCGUCAUCCCCGGCGGCGAAUCCACCACCAUCUCUCUCAUAGCCGAGCGCUGCAACCUCCUCGAACCCCUCCGCGACUUCGUCAAAGUCCAGCGCAAGCCGACGUGGGGCACAUGUGCGGGGCUUAUCCUGCUCGCCGAGUCGGCCAACCGCACAAAGGCCGGCGGACAGGAGCUAAUUGGCGGUCUGGACGUGCGUGUCAACCGCAACCAUUUUGGGAGACAGACGGAGUCCUUCCAGGCGGAUCUGGAUCUCAAAUUCCUGGGCGCUGAGGGUGGCAAGGCGGACCCGUUCCGCGCGAUCUUCAUCAGAGCGCCGAUUGUUGAGACUCUGCUGAAGGCAUCUGAUGGCGCACAGGAGGACGAGGCACAGAAGCCAGAGACUGUUAUUGCGCCAUCGAAGGAUGUUGCUGAAGGAAUUGACCCUUCGAUCAAGCAGCAGCCAGUGGAGAUCCUGGGUACAGUGCAAGGCCGCACCGCAGCUGUCAAAGGUCAAGAUAGCGCGACCAACAAUGAAGCGGGCGAUAUAGUAGCUGUGAGACAGGGGAAUGUGUUUGGUACUAGCUUCCACCCGGAGCUAACGGGCGAUGCUAGAAUCCAUGCCUGGUGGCUAGGAGAGGCAGUGAGGACCUUGGAGGGCAGGAAGUCUUCUUGAGCCUCGGCCACAUGGACUGAUUACUGUUUUGGAUAAGAUGGUGGGUUAAUUGUCACACCGCGCUGCAAUAGAGCAAAGCGGGGGGCUUGUGCAUGAUAGUACUGCCCCGUGAAAAAUAAUGACGAGAAUCGGCAUUGGCGAAACUGGGAACUUUUGGCGUUAUACAGCAGCCUCACCAGCAAAUUCAGCACAUGCGAUUUCCAGCCAAUGGAAGCAAUGACGGAUACGGUUUAGAUGUAUGUUUUGAUUCAGCGCUCGACUUCAAACGCCUACGACAACCCCAUAUUAAUAUGAGGAUCACCCAAACGCAACGUGUUCUGCAACACGUCACAUAUUACCUGGCUCUCAAAGAACCAUCACCACAUAUCCCAAUCUUGUCACGACUCGUCAAUCUUGAGGAUCUCAACCUUCGCAUCCUCCCACGUCUCCUUGUUCUUCUUUGCCCAUUCGAUCUGCGACUUGGCGUACGCGAGCUGGUAGAGGAGUUAGCAAGAUAUUUGGUAUAGGGACACAGUAUAUAGAAAUAGACCGGCACAUAGUAAUCGCGGGGCAGAAUAGACAUUGAAAAUCCAAACACUUACCAUAUACCUCCU